UUUCUUCCCAAUUCAAUUUUAUUUCUUCUUCCGAGCUACGGGCUACUUCCUCUUCUGCCCGUAGCUCCUCCUCCCCGCUGACGCUCUCAAUCUUCAGUUUCCCUCGUCACUAUCCCAUCUGACCGGUAUCGUUUUGCUAGGGAGCUGCCGUGCCGUAUUGAUAUCUGGUUAUAUGAUAUGAGCCUAUUCUGGCUUGAAAUUAUAGUUUGCUGCAUGAGUAGGUAAUGAAGGGUUUUCAUGAGAGGAAUGAUUUUCUGAAAUUCUCUUCUAAAACUUCUAUUGAUAGCUCACCUACCUCUGGAACUGGAUUAGAACCAGGUCCCAGCGACGCUAAGUUCUCGAAGACUUCUAUUUGGUCAAAUUUAUUUGCUUCUGCUUUCUCAGUCUUUGACGCAAUCAGUGAGUCAUUGACGUCAUCUUCAUCAAUUGCGGCUUGUGAAAAGAAGGCCUCGUCUUCUCAAACCAAUGGGUGGACAGCAGCUGUGAAGAGGGCUGUCUCCGGUGGCUCAAUGAGGAGAAUUCACGAGCGUGUUAUGGGGCCAAGCAAGGUUGGAAUGUCUAGCUCAACUAGCGACAUAUGGCUUCUAGGCCUGUGCUAUAAAAUUUCACAGGAGUCAUAUGGAGAUGUAGAUGCCACUAAUGGAUUAGCUGCAUUCAAACAUGACUUUUAUUCUCGAAUACUGAUGACAUAUCGUAAAGGUUUUGAUGCUAUUAGCGGCACAAAAAUCACAAGUGAUGCCAACUGGGGUUGCAUGCUCCGAAGUAGCCAGAUGCUUGUUGCACAGGCAUUGCUUUUUCAUAGAUUAGGGAGAUCUUGGCGAAAACUUCCGCAAAAGCCAUUUGACCAAGUAUAUAUUGAGAUAUUGCAUCAGUUUGGUGAUUCUGAGGUUUCAGCAUUCUCCAUCCACAAUCUUGUUGAAGCUGGAAAGACUUAUGGACUUGCUGCUGGGUCAUGGGUAGGCCCAUAUGCCAUGUGUCGUUCAUGGGAAUCUCUUGCUCACGGUAAGACAGGGGAAAAAGACCUGGAACGCCAGGUACUUCCUAUGGCUGUUUAUGUUGUAUCUGGUGAUGAAGAUGGUGAGAGAGGAGGAGCUCCAGUUGUCUGCAUUGAAGAUGCUUCUAGACAUUGUUUUGAAUUUUCACGGCACCAAGCUGACUGGACUCCUAUUAUUUUACUUGUACCCUUGGUUCUUGGACUUGACAAAGUAAAUCCCAGGUAUAUUCCAUCACUGCAAGCAACAUUCACCUUUCCGCAAUGCCUUGGCAUUUUGGGCGGGAAACCUGGUGCCUCGACUUACAUCGUUGGUGUUCAAGAAGAAAAUGUUUUCUACCUUGAUCCACAUGAUGUUCAACCGGUAGUUAAUCUUAUUCCGGAUAAUAUGGAGGUGGAUACAUCAUCUUAUCACUGCGACACCAUAAGACACAUUCCUCUGGAUUCAAUUGAUCCAUCCCUGGCAAUCGGAUUUUUCUGCCGAGAUAAAGAUGAUUUUGACGAUUUUUGUUCCCGGGCAUCCAAACUAGCGGAGGAAUCAAAUGGCGCCCCCUUAUUCACUGUUGGUCAAACGAAUAGCGCUUUUAGGCGAUUUCACCAUGGCGAUACCAUGGCUGAUGCCGGUGAGGUUCGAGCGGAUGAUUCCAUCGGUGGAGUGGGUACAGGUGACAUGGAUGAAAACUGUAACGAAGAUGACUGGCAGAUCCUGUGAUGGAAUUUUCUAAAUCUUUUACCGGAUUGUUUAUGUAAUCUGAAUGGAAGAACCAUGACUACAGCAUUUGUAGGUUGCAAUGAUUCUUUUCAAAAAAUUUAAAAACUAUUUGCCAAGCUGUUACUACGUAA